AGUCCUCCAAAGCAGUCGAGCGAGUCCUCCCGGUGGCCUAGAGCGGCCGCAUCGCGUAGAAAGGCACUUCCGGGUCAGAGGUCGCAGCUGUGCCGGCGGCGGGAGUUCCCGGCGGAGCUGUUCCCCCCUCUCUGCCGCCGCCAUGCCGGAGGCCUCCGCUCCCCUCUCCCGCCGCCGCCGCCGCCGUCCUCGCUCCCCCCCUAACCCUCUCUUCACCCGUUGGCUCCGGGAGUGGCGGGACGAGGCCGCCGGGACCAUGGCGAGAGGCGCCUACGAGCGGGCGCUGCGCUCGCUGGCCCGGUACCCGCUGCCCCUGCGCUCGGGGCGGGCGGCCGCCGUGCUGCAGCAUUUCGGCCCCACCCUCUGCCGCCGCCUCGAUCUGCGCCUGCGCCAGCACCGCGCCGAGCAAGGCCUUCCCCCUAGCCCCCCCGCUGGGGGGAGGGGCCCGGAGACCCCCUUGGCCCCACCCUCACACCGCCCCCCCCGUGACUACCGGCCCCUCCCCCGCUCGGGGGCCCACGCCCUCCUGCUGACCCUGCACAAGAGCUCAGAGCCCCUCCCAGAGGCGGAGCUUCUGCAGCAGGCCCAGCCCCUCUGCGACCGACCCUUGACCUUGGCAGCCCCCGGAGGGGCUCUGGGCACCCUCCUCCGCCGGGACCUGCUGCAGCGGAGUGGCCGCCCCCCCUGGUACUCGCUGACCCCACGAGGUCAAAUCCUGGCCCAACGAUUGGCUGCGGCUGCCCUGGAAGCCCCGCCCCAAGUGUCGGUGGAGCUGCUGGGGGGGGAGGAGACCCCCCCACCCCCCUCCCCCCUGUCUGACCCCGAGGUGGAGUUUGAGCUGAAACCCGGCGAGUUUGACAUCAUCCUCUGCGCUGACAUCACCGAGGCCAACGGCCGGGGGGCCGGGGGGGGCCGGGUGCCGGCGUUGCUGCGGGGCCGCGUCCCCCUGCUCCUGCGUCGCCUCCACGUCGGGGAUUUCCUCUGGGUGGCCCGUGAGAAGGACCCGCCCCCAGGGCGCCCCCCCCGGGAGCUGGUGCUGGACGUGGUGGUGGAGCGGAAGGCGGCGGCGGAUCUGGGCAACAGCCUGAGCGACGGGCGGUACCGGGAGCAGAAGUUCCGGCUGGGGCGCUGUGGGCUGCGUCACCCCGUUUACCUGCUGGAGGAGCCGGGGCGGGGCGAGCGGCUGCCCCUCCCCCUCCCCAUCCUGCGCCAGGCGGCCGCCAGCACCCAGGGCCGGGUGCUGCGGGCGUGGUGGGGGGACGUGGCCGGCCGGGGCCCCCCCGAACCCCCCGGGGCUCCCUGCGCCCUCCUGCCCUUCCAGCGCCUGCGCUCGGGGGGGGGCAAGAACCAGGCACAGACCGUGGGGGACGUUUUCGCGCGGCAGCUGCUGCAGCUGGGGGGGCUCAGCGGGGGGAGGGCGGCCGCCAUCCUGCGCCGCUUCCCCACCCCCGCCAGCCUCAUGGCCGCCUACAACGACUGCACCGACCCCCGGCAGCGCGAGACCCUGCUCAGCACCAUCCGGUGCGGCCCCCUGCAGCGGAACCUGGGUCCGUCCCUCAGCCGAUCCCUGGCCCGGCUCUACGGCACCGUGGGGCCGCUGCCCUGAGGGGGGGGACACGCGUGGCACCCCCCCCCCGUCACGCGUGGCACCCCCCCUAUUGUUACACACCCCCCCUCCCCCAUUGUCACCCCCCAAUAAAGUCCCCACCCCCACCAGG